GACGGAGAGGCGCUGCUGAGCAGGUGGACGCGCGAGCGUGCCCUCGAGAGUGCGCAGCGGAGCGGAGGCUCCGCAUACCAGACGCCGCAGCACGGCGCCCACUUCCAGACGCCGCGGUACAGCGACAGCACGGCCGCCGCCCACUCGCUCUGCUCCUCCGUCGCCCGGGCGUCCCCGGAGGGCGCAGGCUCCACGCUCCUCGGCUGCGCGGAGCAGGAGAUCGACCGCGCCGCGGCACUGAGCGAGGAUCCCCCCGGAGGGAGCGCGGGGGUCAGGAUCGACAGCGGCGUGGACGCGUUCGGCACCAUCCCAUGUGGGCUCAGCUGA